AUGCUAAGAAGGCCGGCUUCUCUUAUUUUCAGAUAUUUUUCAGACGAAGUUAUCUCACAGCAUGUCUUAGCUCAAAAAGCGUCUGAAUUAUUCCCAAAGCAAGGCAGAGUAUUCAAAGUCCGCAAAGAAAAAGAAGGUGAUAAAGAAACAUUUGACUCCUUUGAAGAGUUCAGACAAGAAGUCUUAAACCGGCAAAGCAAGGAGCAGAAGGUCUAUAGAAAAAAAAUCGACCUAAAUGAAGAAGAAAAAAUGCAAGCAAAAUUCCUAAAAACAGAAAAAGAUACUUUAGAAUCAAUAAAAAAUUAUUUAAAGAAUGACAAUAUGGACCUCGACCCUCUCAAUCUUGAAAAAAUCGAAAAAUCAAAGCGUAUGAUCCGAGCCAUGCGCAUAAAAAGCACGUUUGACUACGUAAGAGAAAAAGACGACACGUCACUGAAUGCUGAAUACAAUAAUUACUCAAAAUACAAGAACAAUUACGCUUACUUUGAAGAAGCUAAGCUCAGUGACCCAAUAGACAAUGGAAAAUAUGACACCAACAGACGUCUAAACCAUUAUAUAGAGUCUUUGUCUACAGGAAGCUCUCAAAAUAUGAAAGUGGACAGAGCAAAAAAGGCAGAAUUAAAAGGAAGCACAGUCUCAGUCUCACUUUAUGAAAAGGCUAUGGAAGAUAUGCUUGAAGAAGAACCACAGCUGGAUAAUGAUCAUGAAUUAGAGGAAGUAUUUGAAGCUGCCUUGUGUGCAAGGCUGUCUCCGCAAGCAAAAGAAGCUAUUUAUAACCUAUACAAUGAAGGAUGGACUGCUAAUGCUAACAUUAACUUAUAGAAAAGCUCGACGCAACUCCUGAAGGACUACCUCCACAUUUAACGCUCUUUCGCUUGCUUACCAAUCGUCACGACCUUAUAAAUUUGCUUCUUCUUGGACGAGGGCUUGCACCCGUGCCCCGGUAGUUGCUUGAUAGCGUCAAUGUGCUGUACGUCAGCAGGUUUCCCGCCAUUGAAAAUCCAAAGGGUUGAAUUGUCUGGCCGAUUCUUAGCCAAAAUAGAAAUCUGUAGACCAGGGUGUAACUUUUUGUAUUUCAAGCUGGGGAAUAAUCCCGAUUGGCCAAAAUGAACGCAUUUGGCUUUGCUGGAAGAUCCCUCCGGACGAGGCAAAAACUUUUGCAUUGGAGUAAGCUUGUGUCGGCCACCCGACAUUGCGCUUCACCAAAACAAGAUAAACCUAGCCGUACACAAAGUCCUGAACGCCAUCCCUACUUCCUCAAGAUCCCCAACACCCUGUAGGAUGCCAGUUACAGGAGUUAAGAGAGUGGGUUGUUUCACCACACCAUUUUAAUGUAUAAAGGAUGGAGUGUAAAAGACCUGAGCUUUAAAUAUGGAAUUUUACCUGACAGAGUCAAAGCUGUAGUAUGGUGCAAAAGAUAUUUCUAUGAAGAAGUGGCGCCAAAUGUAGACAGGACUACAUGGAGAUUGGGGCUAGAAAAAGAGUUCUUAUAUGCAAGUAAAUACCCUUUCCAGGACUAUGGGAUUGAUAUUAACUAUAUGGCUGCUUUAGAACGAGGCUAUCCUGUGGUCAGAAUGCAUAUGACACAAAAAGAUCUCAAUCCUAAUCGAUUACAAAUUUUAAGCUUUCUUGGGAAAACGAGAGAAAUUGAGCCUUAUGUAUAGCUGAUUAAUUUGAUUUAGGCAUGAUAACAAAAUUUUGAAAAAUAAAUGAUUGGAGUUUUCGGAAUGGAUUUUAAGAAAAAAUAAGGAAAUUGGUAUAGUUGACUGGUACGAAAUUGAAAAAAAAGAAAUUUUAAAGGGAAACAAGAAAUAUAAGCUUAAAGAUUUGGUGAUAAAUAGAGGAAGUGGAAGGCUAGAUGUUAGCGACAUGUUUAAGAAAAUUAUUUAUAGCCCUGGACGUGUAUAGAUCGGCCUGAGAUAUCUGCUACUUGAAGCUCAAACUCUGCCAGUUGAUAAAUGCCGGUUUGAGGAGUUGGUUUGGCAACUUUUGGUGCCAAAUAGCUCAAACAAUUUUGGGCUUGAAGUGAUAGCUUAGGGAGAUCUAUAAUACGUCCUGAGAUAUAUUGGAGCUAUGAUAGAGAGCACUGGCUUCCUCCUAAGGUUUUAGCAAAAUUAGACAAAGGACCAAGAAUAGCUUCUGCUGGGUCGAGGAUGGGAGGAAAACCAGAAUAUUUCAAGAAAUACCGACUGAACAGGGUAAAAUAUUGGUAA